UUCGGUUGUUGGUUGAUCCUCUAAGGUCUAUGCUUUAUCUUGUUUAUCAGCUCUGAUAUAUAAACCUGGUAGGAUUCUUAUUUAAUUAAUUGCUUAUUACGGUUUGUAUAUUUUUUAUGGAGAUUUAUGAAGAAGAAUCAUCGACAUCGUCUUCAUCCAGCGAAGUCCAAGCUUCUCAGGUGGAGAGCAACAGUCAGAUUAAUACUGGGCCGUCUGUGGCGGAGGAGAAAUUGCAGGUGGCAGCGACGAGCAGCAAUACCAUAGUAACGCGAAAAAGGAAGGCUGGGAGGAAGAAGUUUAGGGAGACAAGGCACCCGAUUUUCAGAGGGGUGAGGGAGAGGAAGGGAGGGAAGUGGGUUUGCGAGGUUAGGGAACCAAACAAGAAGUCUCGGAUAUGGCUGGGUACCUUUCCUUCUCCGGAAAUGGCAGCCAGGGCCUACGACGUUGCCGCACUCGCCCUCAGGGGAAACUCGGCAGUUCUCAAUUUCGCCGAUUCCAGGUCGAUUCUCCCGCGAGCCAAGUCAUCGUCUCCGAGGGAUAUACAGCUGGCAGCUCUCCAGGCUGCCGAGUCAUUUCCACCUCAGGCCGUCUCCACCAGCUGUUCGUCCACCACUUCGUCCACCCCUAAUGCUGAUUUGCCACGUGUCAGUGAGAGAAAGAAGGGUGCCACCACAGAAAGUUCAACAGGAGCAGAAGGAGAAAGAGGGGAAUCGGGAUUGUUCGUGGAUGAGGAGGCGUUUCUUAAUAUGCCGGCACUUUUGGACAGCAUGGCAGAAGGGAUGCUGCUAACCCCGCCAUCCAUGAAGCAGAGAUUCAGCUGGGAUGACGUGGAUUGCCAAGUGGACAUGUCCUUAUGGUCUGACUGACUAACCCCAUUUGUUGAGAUCGAACUGCAGGUUCACUUAUGAGAACAAUCUCGUACAUCUCUGAUUCAUGGGUUUAGAAUUCACUCUCUAUUCAUUUAAUAGAUUCUAAAUCCACGGAUGAGAUUGUUCUAGUAAGUGAACCUAAUCCGGAUUCUCAUUUGUUAAAUCACCACUAACAAAAUCAGCAGCGAGCUUUGUGUACUUUGGGAAAUUGAAUUCUUGUUUGGGAGCAUAGCGUGUGCUAGUGUUUACCUAAGUCUCUCUCCUCUUCUAAAAAAUUAACAUAUAUAUAUAUAUAUAUAUCCCUCUAUUAUAGGAAGAGAGAUAGAAUUGGAGAAUGCAAGUGUGCAUUAUGCUUCUACAUAGAAAACUACUUCCCUUAGUUUUUU